CACCAAGCAGCGGGGAAAGUCCAGUUUGCCUCUCUCUCACCAAAGAAACAAAAAAGAGAGAGAGAGCGAGAGAGAGAGAGAGAGAGAGAGUAGGAAGGAAACUUCGCCCAGUUCUACACUUUUCCCUUCCGCUGAUUCUACUCAAUUGUGCUGCUACUUCUCUUGGGUCUUUCCAAAACCCUAUUCCACAUCGAAUUUUGAGGUCAAAAUCUUAGGUUUUCUUUGAAAAGGAAGCAGCAGAGUAGGGGCAUGUUGAAAUCGGCGGGGAAGAGUGGAGAUGGGUCUGGGUCUGGUGGAUCGGUGGCUCCUUUUCUGAGGAAAUGCUAUGAGAUGGUGGAUGAUAACGAUGCAGACUCUAUAAUCUCGUGGAGUGAAACCGGUGACAGCUUUGUGAUAUGGGACAUGACCCAGUUCUCGAUUUUAUUGUUGCCCAAGUAUUUCAAGCACAGCAACUUUUCUAGCUUCAUGAGGCAGCUCAAUAUCUAUGGCUUCAGAAAAAUAGAUUCAGAUCGUUGGGUGUUUGCAAAUGAAGGGUUUAUUCGAGGUCAAAAGCAUUUGUUGAAGAAUAUUUCUAGAAGGAAACAUCCUCAGGGCACAGAUCAGAGAAAAGCAUUACAGCAGAAAGACAAUCCUGAUGGGCCUUUUGAAAACAUUGUUGAAAAUGGUCUAUGGAGGGAAGUUGAGAACCUGAAGACUGAUAAAGUUGCUCUGAAGCAAGAGUUGGUCAAGCUUAGGCAGCACCAGGAAAUUUCAGAAAAUAACUUGCUCCUCCUGAGGAACCGCCUUCGUGGAAUGGAGAAGAAUCAGCAGCAGAUGCUGUCAUUUCUAGUUAUGGCCAUGCAAAGUCCUGGGUUUUUAGUUCAGCUUCUUCAGCCAAAAGAAAACAGUUGGCGCAUUGCUGAACCUGGAAAUAUGCUAGAACAAGGUGUAGAUGAUGGUAUACCAAUAACUUCUGAUGGUGCGAUAGUGAGAUACCAACCUCCUGUGGAUGAAGCCCCGAAGCCUAUCCUCGCAGCGAAUUCAGGCUCAGACAAACAAACUGAAUUUGAUUCUUAUAUAGAUGGAAUGAACGAUUUUGUCGUGAAUCCUGAUUUCAUGAAAAUGCUAAUGGAUGAAAAGUUGAGCUCUCUGGAAAAUCAAGCCCCAUAUACCCUACCGGAUAUAUCUGAUGAUGGUGCAUGGGAGCAGCUUCUUUUAGCUAGUCCUUUCUUAGAAGAUAUUGAAGCUACAAAGGAAGAUGGAAAAGAGACUGUUGACUCUAGAAUGGAGGUGGAAUCAACCGCAUCGGAGCUGCAAGAAUCACAGAAUUUUGAUACUUUAAUAGAGCAAAUGAAGAAAUCUCAGAACUUUGCAUCGGAAUCAACAGUUUAUGGAUCUAAUGUGGAGAGCUCUCAAAACUUGGAACAUAUAACCGAACAAAUGGGAUAUUUAGCUUCUGACUCUAACAGCAAACGUGGAACACAAUCAGGAAAGUGAGAGCUUCUUUUGGGAUACCUCAUACAUGUAACGCUCUUUCUCAGUCAACUUAACAAAUAUUUUGGUGGGCGGCAUGACCGUUGGGAAGAGUAUUUUGCUUGCAGUUUUGCUCUGUUUCUACAUGUAAUUCGAGUAAUUUUCCUGUGAGGUUUAAUAGCUGCUUGGUUAAAGAGCAUUGGAGAAUAUAUGUCAUCUACGCCACUGCAGUGGCCUUGCUUUUUCUUAACUUCUGCAACCUCACUUGGUAUAAUUUUCUUGUACCAACCUUGUAAAUUCACGGGACACCGUUCUCAUUUUCUCAAUAUAAAUGAAAUACACUUUGCAUA